AUGCCUUUGACUCCUGCAACCUCACCUUUAUAUACCUACUCCCUCAAGACGACAGAGGCCUCCCACCCACGGCACCCGGGCUCGGUGAUUCUCGAAACACCUUCGCCAAAUCCGGAGGAUUACAGGAUGCUGUUGGUUUCCAGAAAGUACAUCACAACUUCGAAAAAUUUCGAAGGUAGAACACCGAUCAACAUCGUUUUCCUCCAUGGAAAUGGAAUGAACAAGGGCAUGUGGCAUUAUCACAUAGACCAGUUAUAUCAGAAGUACAGCGGAUCAAGCACAUACUACCUCAAUGUGGUCAUUGCUUUGGACGCUGUGCAUGCCGGCGAUUCUGCUUUCCUCAAUAGAAAGAAAUUAGGAAAUGUCAUUGAUUGGAACGAUAUGGCCAGAGACAUACUCCAAAUAGUCAAAUUCCAGGAGAAGAAUGUCUUUGAAGUUCCAGGAGCCAUUAACCUAGCCGUUGGUCAUUCUAUGUCAGGAGCAGCCUUGUUGAUGGCCUCUAUCUGCGAUCCCUACUUUUUCACAGCAGUCAUGUUGGUCAACCCCGUUGCUUACCACACACCAGAAAUGCGUUCUCUAGUCCAAAUUGCCUACCACAACUGGAUAGUUCGCAACAAAAUCGUGACCAAGUUCGAAAUUCCUAAAGGUAUCAAAUGGAGCGAACAUAUUCUUAAAUACUACAAAAAAGUUUCGUUCUACAAGGAAUUUGACGACCGAGUUCUUGAAAACAUGAUUGAGGAUGAGAUCCCAGACUUCUAUGAUAUCAACAAAGACUACCAGGAAGUUCGCAUGAAGCAUGAUGGAAUCGGAGAGUACAUUGCCUACUUUAGUGCUUACUCUUCUGUAUCCCAUGCCAUGGAAAUGUACAAGACAAUCCAGACUCCAAUUUAUCAUGUGUGGUCAGACGGCGACUCUGUACCAACCGAGGGAGUUGAAUUUAUCCGGAACUCGAUUCCUAAUGUCACUAAGAUAGAUUUACCUGAUACAGGUCAUUCUGUGAAUGGGACCCAUCCUGAUCUCACGAUUGAAAAGAUCACCGAGAUGAUUGAGGAUAGAAUUGAAAUUGCCGAGAAGACAUCACCCUUAAACGACUUUGGAUACCUAAAGAAGUACGGCAAGGACUACAAGAGUAAGCUUUUUGAAUUGACGUUUUCCGAGCAUAUCCCUGAUGUCAAGGGUCCCUUCUACAGCAAGUUCUAG